GGCGAGUUUUCAUCUUCAUCUUCAACGUGCACGCUAGUGCAAAUGGAGUAGUAUUUUAUUGCUUGUUUACGAUAUGAGGUCUCCACGAUCAUCCAUCUAACACGCUAAAAACAUUCCUGUUAAGAAAGGACAAUGCAUACUGAGAUCGCCCUCUCUUCCAGUCGAAAACUGAAAGAUCGAUGAUGUGCGCGGGGAGUGUUGAGGAAUUCUAGAAAUUGGGUGGACAGAUGAGCUCAACUUUAUCAAGGAAUAAUAUCGAAUCUGGUGAAUAUAGGUAAGCUCAAGAUUGUUUUCGUCUGAUCUAGAGUUACAGUUCUUUCUUUGAUGGAAAGGCAUUUUCUUGUUUUUCUUAAUAAUCUCCUUGGGGAUGCAGAAAAGAACACAAGAACGUAAACAAAUUCCUUUCAAAUAUAAUUUCGUUCUCUAGCUACAUGUGGAAAUCCCGUGCUUUACUCUCAACUGAAGAAAACGAUAUUGUGCAUAGUUGUCCUCUUUUCUCACACCCUAAAUUGGAUUGAUAACGAUAUAUAGCUCUUCCAUCUGUUCCUAAAAAGGUUAAUGGAAGGCACUAUAUUUUUGAAGAAAUGUAUACUCACGACUUUUUGACAAUCAAAAUGAAAACGUUGAUCGGAUUUUUAAGUAUUGAGUACAUUUCAACAAGCUCUACAUGAGAAACUACUGUGUCCAUUGCAUGCAUGCAUGAUAUCAGUCAAAUGAAUUGUUUAGGCUCGUUCUUCUAAACACUUCUGCAAAGCUAAGUGCAUGUGAGUGUAUGACGAAAAAAAAGUGGUUAACUCCUCUUUCACGACCUUUUGACUUCUGAAGGCUUUGAAAAAGUAAUGGCCCCUUUUCGGCCGUCCAAAUGUUCUGAUUUUUUGUCACCUGUUCAAAAUUAGAUCGUGUACGCUAAUAUUUCUGUCCGUCUUUUUGAACUAUGUUAUUAUUAUGAAUUGAGAUUGCAAAAUGUGGUUUAAACAGCUGAAUUCUACAAAGUUAUUACAGUCAAUCUCGUUGUAAUUCAGAAAGUGGAAGACAAUAAUUUUCAGUUUUAUAUGUACCAAAACAUGCAAUCUAAAAAGUGCGUGUGAUAGUCAUGAAUAACUGCAGGUAUGUGCAGAUUGAUCGAGUUUCUAAUAAAUUGAAUCUGAUGUUUACCUAAGUCGACCAAACUAAAGCAGGUGCUCUGCUUUAUCAGUUAGCAAACAAGCAAACAAAAAGAAGAAUUUAUUGACUUGGUCCUGGAUGCAGAAUGUUCAAAUAUAACUGAGCACUUGAUUGUGUGGCGAGAUCAAAGAACGCAUAUGGCAGUAAAGUCUGGAACAUAUCAUUGCAUAUUAAACAUGUGCCAAACACAGCUGUCCUCUGACUCUCAGUCGUUAAACAUGCAUUAACACGACUCAUCUUUCCUUUUUUUUCAGAAAGAAGUGUUAAUGAAAAUGGCAGCUUUAAGCAGUUUAUCUCCACUAUCUGAUGAUGGGUACCCACAGCCAUCCCUUUUACCAGGGGAAAUAGUUGUUGCUAGAGCCGUCAAUGUGUUGCGUUUCCAGACGAUGGCAAACCGGAAAUCGGGAAUAUCUGGGGUGUUAUAUGCAACUAACUUUCGCAUGUCAUUCUUGACAAGGAACCCAAAUGCUGAAUCCCAACUCAAUUCAGUAUUCCAGUCCAACCCUGACUUGUCGCAAGCAGGGGAGAUAUACUCGGACAUUCAAAGGGAACUUCACAUCCCUCAGACUUGUAUCACAGAUAUCUUUUACUACUCAAGCUCUACUGCUGAUGGUUCCAAAGUGAAAAAGGUUCAUCCAGGUUCCAGAAUGGCAUCCAAAGUCCAUUCACUGGAAAUACGUUGCAAGGAUUUUCGAGUGGUCAGGUUCGGCUUGAAAUUUACACCCAAGAAAGAACACGUGAAAAUGGUGAAUGCUAUCGCCCAUUACAAGGCUCCAAGCUCCAUUGUUCUACUGUUUGCAUUCCCUUAUAGCGUGGCGGAGAAUGAAAACGGCAAGGGAAGGCAGGAUACCAUACCAACUUUUAGAAAUCUGCCUGAUUGGUUGAAUGAGCUGUCAAGACUUCAAGUUGAUGACACUUGGAGAGUAGCAACCGUCAACAGCAAAUUCCAAACUUGUCCAUCACUGUCUGAGAUGUUUGUUGUUCUUUCGUCAUUAUCAGAUUCAGACAUUAACAGGAUGUCACUCCAUUAUGUAGACUCACGUCUGCCCAUCUGGUGCUGGAGUCAUCCCAAGACAGGAAUACCUAUACUGUGCAGUGGGGCUGGGAGGUAGGUUAAAAUAAUACGUUUUACAGUCGCUAAUCGUUCCAUGGUUAGAUCGUUCCAUUAAACAACUGCAUUGCUAAAAUGGAGGUUGGGUGCCUGGAGUAUCCAGGGGCUUCCACUAUUGGAAGCCAGCCCCUAGACUGAUUUAAUGCCCAAUGACUGGCACAACAGCACAAAACAUCAGUGGAAAAAAAACAACAAGGCCUAGGGGAAGGAGAGAGGGGGGGGGAAUGGCUGACAGAACCCAGCACAAAGGAAAACUGAAUGUGCCAAUGAAUCAUAUCAUAGAUUUAGCCAGCUACUGGGCAUGCGCACGACAAAGAUAGCUAACCUCAGGCACUUAAGGCGCUCUUGGUUGUUAACUCCUUUAAAUUGCAUUUAAAUGCAUUUUAUGGUCAGAUCAUUCCACAGUUUUAGUGUAAAACUCACUGUGAAACAUGCUUUUUUGGCUUACGGCUUAAAGUUUACACAUGAGUAGCACUCUUCUUUUUGCUCAUGGCCUUAAGACUCUGACUGAUUCUGACUAUAUUGUGAAACAAUAUAAGCAAAUGGAACAAUCUGACCAUGGAACGAAGUGACCAGAGUAACCGUUGAACCUCCAUGUGUUACCACCUCUCAAGUACUCACCUUUCAUAAGUGACCACUUAAUAGACAAAACACCAAACUUUUGUUAGUCCAGGGUCUUACAGUUGGAACCUCUAGUAAACAACCACCUUCUGUAACUGACCAUGGCCUCUAUGGUACCACAUUUUGGGGUUGAAAGUUUUAUAAUUUUCCAUUGUUUUUAACCUCUUGCAAACGACCACUUGAUGUAUGGUCAGAACUCUAUAGCUAUGUUUGCUGUAUGUACUGUGCUGCUUUAUUGACAACAUGGAACUACAUAUAUUGUAUUAUUUUGCAAUUAAGAUGGAAUCCACGAGGAAAUUGAGUAAUUUUUAUUUUCAGUGGACAAAAACCUUGCCCAAGAAUAAUUUAAAGCAUAUUGCAUUCUUUUUUACAUUUUUCAAGGGCUAAAGAUGUAAUUAGUCAUCUGUAAUAACACCAAAGGAAAUUUCUCAUGGGAGUCUGAGAAAAUGAAUGUCAAAUUUCACAAGAAGUGUGAAAACACAGGUAAAAUUCUGAAAAUUUCAUGUGUAAGACGUAAUUUUGGUAAAUUUGACAUUCUUUUUCUUGGGCUCACAUAAAAAAGUUUCUUUGGUGUUGUUACAGAUCACUAAUUGCAUCCUUAGCCGUCGAAAAAUAUUUUUAAAAAUUGCAAUAUGCUUUAAAUUAUACUAGUACAAGGUUUUUGUCCACCGAAAAUUAAAAUUACUCUAUUUCCUGGUGGAUUCUGUCUUAAUUAUCUUCUAUAAAGUAGAUGAGUCGGGACCUAGUCCGGACCCCUUCUCAGAGGAGACCCCUGAUGGCUCAAUUCUUGUAAGCCACUACCUCCAAUAAGCGACCAUUUCAAGCCCUUCCUGGUUUUCUCACCAACUUGUCUUUUUAGACCAGAGAGCAUAUUCUUAGAGAAAGAGGAAACGUCUUUCUUCAGAGCACUGUCCCUGAUUCCAUGCAACGCAGAGCACAAAGAGGUGAAGGUCGUGAACUUAACAAAGACUUGUCCAACAAUAAAAGAGCUACAGCAGAGCUUUCUUAAGGUUAAGGAACUCUGCAUGUUGGAAACAAGUAGAGAAUUUUGGAGCAUGGAUUCUACUUGGCUGACAAGCUUGGAAGCAUCAAGGUAUGUUGUAAUGAAUAAGUUGCUGUAAUGUAAUGAAUAAGUUACUGCUGGAUCAUCUAGCCUCAUGCCGCCAUUACUUAGGCCCUGAGGACAUUUUGUCUUCCAGUCUUCCACUCCAUCGUACCCUCAGGAGCUGAAAUUGGGGGGAUUUUGUAAAAAAGAUCAGUGUAGAGUCAAGUAGUUAUGGUAGUAACACAGCCACUGCAGUAUGUAGUAGCUCUUCAUUAACCCUUUAAACCCUAAGAUCAAAAUUUGAAUUCUCAGUUGUUGCCCCUAUUCGUUUCCUACAGAAGCAGUGAGGAGAAGUUGAUAAAAUAUCAGGCAAAUUCAUCUUGUGUGAUCAUGUCCGUGAUUCUCAUGACCACUUGGUUUUACAAAGCAUUGAUGUUACAAGGAUAAAUUUGAUGCUGAUUACUCUUAGGGCUUAAAGGGUUAAUAUUAUGGAGAUUGAGAGAAUAGUCAGAAUGGAAUAUGGCAGUGUUUUUUUCUUGAUGUUGGUUAAUUCAUUUGUUUCCUUUAAAAGUUGGUCAUGCAGGGCUGUCAUUAAGUGGCGGAGGCCGAAUAUUUCCCCUGGCUACUUUCGUAGGAAAAUAGAAGAAAGAUAGAACCAAAAGAAGUCCCUUAAGCUUCUUUAUUCCCCACCGACUUGUUGUAUUUACCUGGCAACUGUCUAUUUAGGGUGAAAACUUCACCACCCUUUGGGGCACUAAGGGAGAUUUUCGACAAAACUGGCAGUCCCCUGGCAGGAACAGGGAACUUUGUGGGUCUGUGUGUGAGGGGGACAGGACAGGAUUAAAAAAUCUUAGCUUGUUUGUCACAUGUACAUAAUUAUUUUACUAAUUUAAGUUAUCUUAUGUUAAAAUUACCAGUUUUAUAUUAUUCUUGGCUUAUUCCUUUAUCAUUUUCUUGAAUGUCGUUAGAAUUGGGGUAAGUGAAGCUGAAGAGUAUAGAUAAAAAUGGUCUUACACUUUCAUUAUUGUUAUUUUGUAGGUGGUUGAACUGCGUAAGACUUUCACUUGUUGGUGCCAUGGAUGUGGUGGAAUCCAUUUCUCUUGACCGUUCACCAGUAAUUAUCCAAGAAACUGGAGGUCGAGAUUUUGUACUGGUUGUUGGAAGCCUUGCUCAGUUGAUUCUAGACUCAUUUUACCGAACAAUAAGAGGUUUCCAAACCCUUAUUCAGAAAAUGUGGGUGCUUGGGGGUCACCAAUUCCUCCAACGCUGUAACCACAUCAGGAAAUCACACCAGGAGACUGAGAAAGAGGAAUCUGUGGAGUCCCCUGUUUUUCUUCACUUCAUAGAUUGUGUGUAUCAAUUGACACAACAGUUUCCGUCUGCAUUUGAAUUCUCGGAGACAUACCUUCAUGCUCUGUUGGACACAGUGCAUGCAUGCAUGUUUGAUACAUUCUUGUUUGAUUGUGAGAAACAGAGAGAUGAGUUGUGUGGGACAGAACUUGGUGGAAACUCAAUGGUAUCGCUGUGGGAUUUUGUCUCAGAGCAGCUCGAACACGCUAGAAAUUCAGAGCCUUAUGUAAAUCCAUUGUUCGAGUAUCAAAAGUCGUUGGAUGAAGGAAUCGCAAAUGGAACAAGCACAGAUUCUUACCUUAAGGUGAACACGCUUGCUCCUGGGAUAAAGUUCUGGACUGGACGUUAUCUAAGAUGGCUGCCAGUGGUACAUGUCAGCACUGGUAUGGGAGAAAACUCAUCUUCUCAUUUUCAGCAAAUGAUCCUGGCAAACGAGCUUAGGAUCUUGCGACAUCGUCUGGCUGUCAACAAGUAUGAGCAAAAUCCUAAAGAAAACCCCAUUGAUGGCGACAAAGCCCUUGGAUUUGAUGGAACUGAUUUUGAGAUAGGCGGUGACUUAAGCUUGGACUUAGAAACAAGCAAGCUGCUCACACCCAGUCUGCCAUUUAUAGGAGACCUCGCGCUAAGCAAGUACUAUUCUGGUGAUUUGCUGACAACUGGUGGUGCAGAGAAUGCGGUUGAAGUGGGGAAGUUUUGAAUAACAUUCAUACCCACAGUCUUGCUACUGAUGUUAAUUAAAGCCACGGCAUUAGUCAGAUGGCAUCCAAUUAGAAUGUGAAUCAUUCAGCAUAUUGAGCUUCACUUUGAGUGUAUUCUAACUUGCAAUUGGCUUGACAGUACUGGAAAGCAAUAGUGUUUUAAAGUGGAAUUCGCACGAAACGAGCUGAUUACUGUUGCAGUGUCAGUACUAAAAAGUUACCUCCCAAGGGAGAAUAGUUCAUGCACCGGUACUUUUAUAAUAUAUAAAAGGACAUAUUAGUUUUGGUAUAAAGAUUUGCACUCUAUAUUAAUCAUUGUUUUGUUCUGGAAAAUAUCCACUCUCUCCACCCACCAUGUACCCCAUGAAGGCUUUGUCUUAACACUCAUCCUAUUCCCCCUACCCCACGCCCCAAACUUCCCUCCACCCACACCCCACACCCCUUCUAUAAUUCCACUGUAUUGUUUUAAUAUCCAUUGCAUUGUUCCAGAAAAUAUCAAUACUCCCUCAAAGAGGGUUCAUUGGCUUGAACCCCCAACUCCAAAUUCCACCCAUAUUCAAUUUCUACAGUGGCUUCAGACUUCCUUCAAAAAAUUUGGUUUACUACCUCCCCUCUCCCCACCAUCCCGGGCGCGGAUCCAUACCGGUUUCCACCGUUUUACGGAAAUCGGUCAGAUAUUUCAUAAUAGAUAUAUUUUUAGUAAAAACUUUAAACUUUCCAAGUUGAAAUCUGGAGAAUGGUUUGGACAGUCACUAAAUAUCCUGUCUGAAUGACUCAGAAACCCAGGAAAUGGGACUUUGGGGAGUUAAAAUCCAAAACAUUACCCGGGGGAGCAUUCCCCCAGACCUCCCUAGAAUAGGAAAUCGGUCAGUAUUUAUUCUACAUCCGCACCUGCAUCCCCCACCUGCAUCUGACCCGGAAUUUCCAAAGACCCCUCAAAGCGUGGGAGUGGAUAUUUUCUGAACUGUACAUUACAACCUUCAACUUUUUUUAUCAGCCUCUCCCCUCUCUAUUAAUCUAUGGCAAUCCCCAAGAGGUUUUAUUAAUGUGGAGAGUAUUAUGGACAUAGUUCUUGCAUCUUAACAGAAAUAAAAAAUGUUAAUUUACUUUUAGUUGUUAGUAACUGGCAUGCUGUGUAAUUUGUUGCAGAUGAAAAUUAUUAUUUUUUAAUUUUAUAUUUUCAGUGCCACA